AUGCUCGACGUCGAGUCCACCGCGCUGGCGAAACGAGCGCUCGGGACGUACUUCGCGGUCGUGUGCGCGGUGUCGAUCGCGUCGCAUCGCGCGUUCGCGGGGAAAUUCGCGCGGGGACACCGAUUAGCCGGGCUCGCGCACCUGGGCGUGCUCGCCGCGCGCGCGAGCGCGCUCGCGACGGAUGAAGACGCCACGCGCGGCGCGGUUUGGGACGCCGUUAUGUUUGCGACGGGAAUGACAGCGACGCUCACGGCGUAUAGGGAUUUCGCAAAGGCCCGGGAGCACGUGGAGCGUCGAGAGCGGGCGAGCGGGACGCUGCAUCGGGACGCGGCGGUGACGGGGAGCGAAAUGUUAGAGCACGCGUUUUAUCAUCUCGUGAAUGGGUUCCAGAUCGCGUACGUCUGGGUGAGCGGGACUCAGGCAUUCAAGACGGCGAGAUUGGAAACGCGGAUGGUAAUCUGUCUCGCGGCGACGAGUGUGUGGUUCGCUCGCGAGAAGUUUCCGACGAAUAGCUUUUCUAAAAAUUAUAAGAGUGGGACAUUCGUCGACUUGGAGACAGUGAUGUAUCGUGUGAAGAAGUAUCAAUACGUGCUCUACAAGACGGUGUUGUUACAUGGACUGAACGUCAGUCUCGCUAUCGCACCGCGAGCGGAAUUAGCGGACAUGUUUGAGUGGCGAAUGUAUUGGUUACUACUGAACGCGGCGUACGUCUUUGAGUUUUUCCUUCAGACGCUCGUGCGACGCCGAUAUAUCCCUCAGUGGACCAUGCUCGCGUUAAAUCAAGCUUUGAUGGUCAUCUCAACGGCAGCGGUUAUUCCAGUAGUGACGGAGUGCGUCUUACCGUCGGCUGCCCUCGUCGCGUUCGUGCUGAACUUUCUCAACCGAAGGCGAGAGGUGUUCAAUGUCGCGGUGGCUCUUGUCGUGAGCUCUCUAGUGGUGUAA